UUUAAAUUCGACAAGCCAUCCGUUAAAACAUUAUGAAUUAAAAAUAAUGAAAUUUCUUCAUUACUAUUAUAACUUAAUAUUCGUUUUUAAUAAUUUUAUUGUAUGCGAUAUAUUAAAUGUUCAAAGUCUUUAUUGCGAGCUUGGGUUAAAGAAUGACAGUUUGUGCCCAGUCGACGGUGGUUGGACUCAUUGGAGUUUAUGGAGUUCUUGUUCUGGAAAAUGUGGAUAUAAGGGGAAAAGAAGUAGACAUCGUCUCUGUAAUAAUCCAUUACCUUCUAAUAAUGGUGGACCUUGCACUGGUUCUAGUUAUCAAAUUGAAACUUGUCAAAUUACUGGAUGUACAAUGAAGGACUAUGAAGAUGUUGUACAUAAUCAUCCUAUACGUUUAGAAGAAUUAAAAGUUGUGAACCAAAUACAUAGAAAAUUACCUGCUCUGAUCGAAUUAUGUUUUUCUGUUGAUUGUAUGUUUUCCAUUGUUAAAAAGAUUCUUGGAAAUAAUGCUAUGCAAUAUUGGAAUGCUAUGAAUUGUGUUAAAUAUGAUGUUGGAUGUCCAAAUCCUGGAGGUUGGAAUACUUGGGGAUCAUGGUCAUCGUGUACUGCUGUUUGUGGAAGAGGUAAAAAAUAUCGCAUAAGAACCUGCGAUAAUCCAGUUCCUUCAAAUCCACGAUUAAUGUGCAACGAUUCACCUUUGGAAAUGAAAAGUUGUGUGGGACUUAACUGCAAAAAGCACUUAACGGGAACUUGGUCUGAUUGGAGCAAUUGGAGCACAUGUAGUGUACAAUGCGGUAGUGGUAUUCAAUUGAAAAACCGAUUAUGCUUAAAAGUGCAAAGUGCACAGGAAGCAUUUUGUAAAGGUCCAACAAAGGAGAUAAGUGUUUGCACAAUCAGCAAUUGUUCAAUAAAUGGACUAUGGUCCCCAUGGACAGUUUGGUCAUCUUGCUCAUCGAAUUGUGGGAUAGGUACACAAUUAAGGAAUCGUAUGUGCAACAAUCCAUCUCCAAGCGGUGAUGGUAGCCCCUGUUCUGGUUCUGCUUCUGAAGUUCGUCAAUGUUUCAGUAAACCAUGUAAUGUUAAAUCACAUGAAGUUGCACAUUUUUUGGAAAAAAGUAGUCUUGGGUAUUCAACGUAUGACAGACCUUUGCGUUUGCUUCAUAUAUAUUUAAGAUUUUUACCACUGACACCAUUUGGUGUGCUCAUCUAUCGACAUGAAAAUAAUUGUCAUGGUUCAUUCUGUGAUUUUGUAAAAUUAUCUUUGCAAAAUGGCAAAGUAGUACUCAUAUCUCAGAUAUCUGAUUGUACAAUGGGUGUAAUUCAUGAAGAUAAACUGGAAAUUGGAGAAUGGCACGUAAUAUUUGCAGUAAUAUAUCCAUCACAUGGUGUGUUACGUGUUAACAAUGGUUUACAUAAAAUCAGUACCUUUUCAUGUAUUCCAAGGUCGUAUAACUUAGAUCAUAUUAUGAAAAUUGGAGAAUUAUUUAAAGGUCAAAUACAAGAAAUAAUUAUUAAUUUCACACCUAUUUCACUUCGUGUAUUAAAGGGUAAAUAUGAUACAAAGCCAAAAGCUGUUCCUUCCAGUAUUAUUAAUGUACAAUUCUUAAUGGGAGAUGUUGAGGAAGCUUUUAUCUUUAUUGAUUUGACAGAAUCGGUUACAGUUCCAUGCCCAAAAAAUAUGGAAUCUUGGCAAUCAAAAUACAAGCUGUAA